CUCCUCCUCCUCCGGUUCUGGGUUCAGGGUGAGCCGUUGAGCGCAGGGCCCGCGCGCCGCCCCGAGACUUGAGGAAACAACAACAAGAACUCCCAGUGCAAAAGAAGUUCCAUUUUAGCUGCAGAAUUCUUGUAAUGCAGAGAAUAGCAAAAAUGGCUCAAGCGGCUAUGGCAGCAGCAUCUAGCCAUGAAGAGGAUUCAUCUGAAAGCAGAAUGGUUGUUACAUUUCUCAUGUCAGCCCUUGAGUCAAUGUGCAAGGAGCUUGCCAAGUCUAAGGCGGAAGUUGCCUGCAUUGCCGUGUAUGAAACAGAUGUGUUUGUGGUGGGGACUGAGAGAGGAAGAGCCUUCGUUAACACAAGAAAAGAUUUUCAAAAGGAUUUUGUAAAGUACUGUGUUAAUGAAGAGGCAAAGGCUGCAGAACUACAGAAAAUAAAGUCAACAUCCCUAGAUAAUAGGAUGACUGUGGAUAUUGUGGAAAUGGAAGCCCUCAGGAAAUCGGUGGAGGAUUAUUUCUGCAUCUGUUAUGGCAAAGCUUUAGGAAAGUCAACUGUAGUUCCUGUGCCGUACGAUAAGAUUCAGAGGGAUCCAUCUGCUGUGAUGGUGCAUGGUCUCCCAGAAGGACUUGCAUUUAAGCAUCCCACCAACUAUGAUGUUACAACACUGAAGUGGAUUCUGGAAAACAAAUCUGGGAUCUCAUUUGUCAUCAAAAGGCCCUUCCUUGAGCCAAAGAAACAUCUAGGACCUCGCAUAACAGAUUCCUCACACACAGUAACAUCCCCAGGUGGAAGCUGCCCUGCCAUCCAGGUGAAGACUGAGCCCAGUGAAGAUUCUGGGCUUGAGAUGGUAACAGUUAAAGAAGAAUCUGAGGAUCCCGACUAUUAUCAGUUUAACAUUCCAGCAGGUCCUUCAGAAACUUCGGCGAUUGAUGAGAAAAUCGCCAUGGCAAAGUCUUACACAGGAAGCAACCAGGGUUCCGAUUGCAGUGAAGGAACAGAUGUGGAAUUGCCAGUAGAAGAUUCUUCUCAACAUGCCACUUCUGAAACAAGUGAGGAUCCUGAAGUGGAAGUGACCAUUGAAGAUGAUGAUGACUACUUGCCACCUCAUAAGAAGACAAAGAGCACAGAACCAGUCAACGAUGCUGCCAAUUGUGGAAGAAGAAAAGCUAGAGAAUUCAAUUUUGAGAAAUGGAAUGCCCGCAUUACAGACUUGAGAAAGCAAGUUGAAGAGUUAUUUGAAAGAAAAUAUGCUGAAGCUAUUAACGCAAAAGGCCCCGUGACUAUCCCGUAUCCACUCUUCCAGUCCCAUGUUGAAGAUUUGUAUGUGGUAGGACUGCCAGAAGGAAUUCCCUUCCGGAGACCCUCCACCUAUGGGAUCCCUCGCCUCGAAAGGAUUUUGCUGGCAAAGGAACGGAUACGAUUUGUGAUUAAGAAGCAUGAGCUGCUAAAUUCAACACGAGAAGAUCUACCGUUAGACAAACCUGUUGCAGGAGUGAAAGAAGAAUGGUAUGCCCGAAUCACCAAACUAAGGAAGCUUGUCGACCAGUUAUUUUGCAGAAAAUUUGCUGAGGCACUGGGGAGCACUGAACCAAAGGCUGUCCCUUACCAGAAAUUUGAGGCGCACCCCACUGAUCUUUUUGUGGAAGGUCUGCCAGAGAACAUUCCAUUUCGGAGUCCGUCUUGGUAUGGAAUUCCUCGGUUGGAGAAAAUUCUUCAAGUCGGCAACAGAAUAAAAUUUGUAAUAAAAAAGCCAGAACUGCUAACAAUCACUCCUGCAGAGGUUACCCAACCAAGGACAAACAUGCCUGUCAAAGAAGAUUGGAAUGUCAGAAUCACAAAACUGAGGAAGCAAGUAGAAGAGAUAUUUAAUCUAAAAUUUGGACAAGCUCUGGGUCUGAGUGAAGCAGUGAAAGUUCCUUAUCCUGUCUUUGAGUCAAACCCUGAGCAUUUGUAUGUAGAAGGUUUACCUGAAGGCAUCCCCUUUCGAAGUCCAACAUGGUUUGGAAUCCCACGCCUGGAAAGGAUUGUCCGAGGGAGUGGAAAAAUCAAAUUUAUUGUGAAAAAGCCAGAACUUGUCACCUCUUAUUUGCCUCCUGGAUUGGCUAGUAAAGUAAAUACUUCGGAACCCCAAAGUCCUAACAGCUCAAACUCUGCACAAAGUCCUGUAAGCAACUCCAAGAUUCCAGAGAUUGAAGUUACUGUAGACGAAGGUCUUGCUAACAAGACACAAACCCCAGAAGUUAAAACUAAUCCUCAAACCAAUGGAUCCAAUGUAGGCUUUAAACCAAGAGGAAGAGAAUUCUCAUUUGAGGCCUGGAAUGCCAAGAUUACUGACCUGAAGCAAAAAGUUGAAAACCUUUUUAAUGAGAAAUGUGGGGAAGCUCUUGGACUGACGGAGCCCGUGAAAGUCCCUUUUGCGCUCUUUGAGUCUUACCCUGAAGAUUUCUAUGUUGAAGGCCUUCCCGAGGGAGUGCCAUUCCGUCGCCCUUCCACGUUUGGCAUUCCAAGAUUGGAAAAGAUCCUCCGAAACAAAGCUAAGAUAAAAUUUAUCAUUAAAAAGCCUGAGAUGUUCGAGGCGGCAAUUAAAGAAAGCGCUGCUGCUGUUCCAAGUCCUCAGAGAAGAACAAGUUUAUCAAACACCGUGAUAAACACUGUAAGUGUGCCUGAUCCGGUGGUGAAUACAGCUGCUGGAGUGGAAGACCUUAACAUCAUCCAAGUGACUAUACCAGACGACGAUGAGAGAACAUCCAAAGUAGAGAAGGCCCGACAGCUGAGAGAACAAGUGAAUGACCUGUUCAGUCGGAAGUUUGGGGAAGCCAUUGGCCUGGGGUACCCUGUGAAAGUCCCCUAUCGAAAAAUCACAGUCAACCCUGGCUGCGUGGUGGUGGAUGGGAUGCCUCCUGGAGUGUCUUUCAAAGCUCCCAGCUAUCUUGAAAUCAGUUCCAUGAGGAAGAUACUGGAUUCAGCAGAGUUUAUUAAAUUUACUGUCAUCAGACCAUUCCCUGGACUUGUAAUGAACAACCAAAUUGCUGAGAAAGCAGAAUCAGAAGCACCAGCACCAGCAGCUGUGCCAGUCCCCGAGCCAGUGGAACAAGAUCCAGUUGAACCAGACCAAAUAGUACAAGUAUCUGUGGAGGACGAUUCGGCACAGACUGAAGAAGACACUCAAAUAAAACAAGAGCCAGACCCAACGUGGUAGACCUCGCCAAUAUUUAGGGUAAAAAAGUCAUGAAGAAAAUGGAGCGGCGGGUGGCAUGCAGAUGAUUUUAUAGAUAGAAGGUGGAUUGUACUCUUAAUGUACAAUUUACAACCCACGUUGUGUUCAUAUUGGCCUUUGUAGAUUGCUUAACUCGGCAAUACCCUGUUGCAAUCUUAAAUUUGUGCUCAUUUUGUCCCUGGGCACACUUCAUUUAAUUUUAGCCCAGCUGAACCUUUAAAAGAGCAAGCUAAAUGAGUGAAACAGGUUUAGCAUGUCGAGUAGUCAAUAUUUUCAUUGGACUUCUAGCUGCACUUGAUUUAACUUCAAUCCCUGCCUUUUUUAUUCCCUCCUCACUGUUUAGUCAGAAGCUUCCAGGAUUGCGAAGAGUUUGCUGGGACGGCCCUGAGCUGUGUAAUAUAGCUGUAUAAGAGAAAUACCUUCUAUCCACCCUCCCCCAACCUCCUUUUUUUUGUAUUUUUAGAUAGAAAUGUCUACUCUGUUCAAAAGUCCUGAUAAUUGACAUGAAGCAAUGAAAUAAUAUUCACAAUGGCUUGUUUUUUUAAAAAAAAUAAUUAAUUGGAGGAAGAAAUGCUGGAUACAUGGCUUAAUGAUUGUUAGCUUUUCAUUAAUAUCAACAGGGACUUCCAAAAAAUAUCUGCCUUUCCAAUUAAGACAGUCCAUUAGAUAUCGAAGAAGAAAGAAAUAUGCCUAUCGUAGUUCAGGUUUUAUUUUUUUCUCCCAGUGGGAGUGGGUGGGUGUGGGAGUUGAAAUUGUCCGCUGAAUUUUUCUUUCUCUUUCUCCUUAAUGGUUAAUUGGAUAAUAGUAUCUGUAUAUUUGAAAUAAUUUUUUUCCUAUGAUAUAUCUCUCAACUCAUAUGUUUUUAAUAAAUAAAAAAAAAACUGGUUUUCCUGGCA